GUUGUUUCGUUGGGUUGUUCUCGUGUGGUUGCGAAUUGAGAUCUUCUGGCAACUGCUUUUAAAGACAAUUGAGAUAUAUUUGUCCUCUUGAACCUACCGCAUACUAGCAAUUAUGGGUGUCACAAUUGUUCUGGGUAGUCAGUGGGGUGAUGAAGGAAAGGGGAAGAUUACCGAUAUGCUUGCGCAGCAGGCUACGCUGUGCUGCCGUGCCGCUGGCGGCCACAAUGCGGGUCACACCAUCGUUCACGGCGACAAGACCUACGACUUCCACAUCCUCCCGUCCGGUCUCGUCUCCCCCGCCUGUGUCAACCUGAUUGGCGCGGGUACCGUGGUGCACGUUCCCAGUUUCUUCAAGGAGCUGGCCUCGUUAGAGACCAAGGGCCUGAACAGCGCUGGAAAGCGCAUCUUCAUCUCCGACCGUGCCCACGUCUGCUUUGACCUGCACUCCGUCGUCGAUGGUCUGGAAGAGGCUAAGCUGGGUGGUCGCAAGGUCGGCACGACCGGCAAGGGUAUCGGUCCCUGCUACAGUGACAAGGCUGCUCGCCGCGGUGUCCGCGUCGGGGAGAUCUUGGACGAGGCUCUCUUCGAGCGCAAGCUGCGCUCCCUGCACGCCGGAUACACCGCCCGUUUCGGCGAGCUGGAGUACAGCGUCGAGGAAGAACUUGCCCGUUUCAAGGAAUACCGCCAACGCUUGAGCCCUUACAUUGUCGACCAAUUGGCCUUCCUCCAGAAGUACAAGGACGCCCCCAACACCCUCGUCGAGGGUGCCAACGCUCUCAUGCUGGACCUGGACCACGGCACUUACCCCUUCGUGACCUCCUCCUCCACCGGACUGGGCGGUGCCGUGCAGGCCCUGUCUCUCAACCCCACCAGCAUCUCCUCCAUCAUCGGUGUGGUCAAGGCGUACACCACCCGUGUCGGCUCGGGUCCCUUCCCUAGCGAGCAGCUGAACGAGGACGGUGACAAGCUGCAGGGCGUCGGUAAGGAGUUCGGUGUCACCACCGGCCGUAGACGCCGUUGCGGCUGGUUCGACAUGGUCCUGUGCCGCUACUCGCAGGCCAUUAACCACUACACGGCCCUCAACCUGACCAAGCUGGACGUCCUGGACGACUUCGACGAGAUCAAGGUCGGCGUCGCGUACAUCCUGCCCGACGGCACCCGCACGGAAAACACCAUGCCCGCGGACCCGGAGGUCCUCGAGAAGGUCAAGGUCGAGUACGUCACCCUCCCCGGCUGGAAGAGCAACACCAUGGGCGUCAAGAAGUACGAAGACCUCCCCGCCAACGCCCGCGCCUACAUCGAGUACAUCGAGCGCGGCCUCGGCGGCGUCCCCGUGAAAUGGAUCGGUACCGGUCCUGCCCGCGACCACAUGAUCUGCCGCGAGUAAAGCUCAGCCUGCGUGCGCGCGCCUCACUCACCUCUGUCAGUCAGUCAGGCCAGACUGGGUAGAUUUUUUUUUUCUUUUAUAAAAAAAAAAGAAAAUCUUAUUUAGAUCUUAGAGAGAGCAGGUUUGUCUGUCCCCUUUCCUUCCCUCUCUCCUUCCCUUUUCUUUCUCUCUUUCUUGCUAUAAUAUCCGAUCAGACCCGCCGCGUCGGGAACUGUAUUCCUUGUAUGUGUUUUGUGUGUAUAUGGGCGAAUCUGAUGAACUGCCUAAACGGGUAGACGGUAAAGGAUGGGUUGGUCACAUAGAGUACAGGUCUCGUGAAAAUUCAUUUUGCUUUCAAUUUG